AUGUCCAGACUCCUCCCUCCGCUGGGGCCUCCAAGGGCAGAGGCUGUCUCCCCCCUUCACACCGGGCUCUGUCCCAACACCCAGCCCAGGCCUGUGCCUGACCUAGUCCUUCCUUCCUCUCUCUGUCUCGGCUUCAGGGCACUUCUAGGACCUGUGGCUCUCACCAAGAUGAACCUACCAGUUUCUUGGCAGCUGGUGCUUUUCCUCUGUGCCAUCUCCUCCAGGGAGACCUUAGAAAAGGUGGCACCCGUGGAGAAUCCUGGAUCCACAGGCCAGCAGCUCGGCCCCCUGGACACCCGGGCCGCCUGGGAGCAGAGCCCAUGGUGCGCAGCCCCCGAGAGCGCGGAGGGGUCCCGCCGGCCCCCCCUGUGCGCGUCCCGCAGCCGCCUGAUCUCCGCCCUGCGGGGCGCAGCGCUGGUGCAGCGGGAGAAGGACCUGUCUGCCUAUAACUGGAACUCCUUCGGCCUGCGCUACGGCAGGCGGCAGGCCGGCAGCGCCCCGGGACGUCGCCCAGGGACAAAGGACUUACACCCCUGGACUGACAGGGCCUCCGGGCACGCAGGGCCGGAGUGA